UAACUCCACAAAGAAAGAAAAAAAAAAGAUAUUUUCCGGGAAAAAAAAUUAUUCACCAAGAAAAUCUCCAAAGAGGGUUUUCCGUUAUCACCUAAAACCUCCGUACGUUUUCUUCUUCUUCUCCUAAAGUUUUGUCCUUUACGAGUCUUUCCAAGUGAAAACGAUCAAAAGCCUCAAACUUUCAUGUCAAGCUUAAGUCUCCAUUUCCUGGGUUUCUGAGAAUUAGGGUUUUGUAAAGAUGGGAGAGUUUGAAGGAGACGGAGAAGAGAAGCUAAUUAUUGCUGCAGAGUAUCUUGUGAAGGAGCUUAGAUCCGGCAAGAGCCUCACAAGAAACGCUAAGAAGGUCCUGGAGAGUCUCUUAACAGAGCUAUCUCGUGUGGUGAUAACCUCUGAAGGAAGAGAUGAGAUUGAGCAGAGGGUUAAUCUCGUUUGUGAGAAGAUCAUGACUCGUGAGGUAGAUGAAACCAUGAUCUGGGACUUGGGUUCUGAUGCAGGGGAAGAGUUUUUGGGUGCUGUGAAUGAGUUGAGAGGUUUGAUUGAUCGUUUAGAGGGGACAGAAGAGGAGGUUUCUCUGAGGAAAGCCCAUGAUGUUCUUCAGACGGUGAUGGCAAGGCUUGAGGAUGAGUUUAAGCAUCUUCUUGUUGAGAACAGGUUGCCUUUUGAGGUCGAACACGGUUCGUUUAGGUCUGAACGUGGCGUGGGAGAAGGUUCUUUGACUUCUUUUGGCGCUGCUUCUACUGAGGAUUUGAUUCUUGGAAGGAGUAGUAGGAGAGAGUCAGGGGAAGUUGUGGUUGAUUUGGUUAGACCUGAGGUUAUAUCAGAUCUCAAGAGCAUUGCAGAGACUAUGGUUGGGGCAGGGUAUGAACGUGAGUGUAUCCAGGUAUGUACUAUGGUUAGGAAAGAGGCUUUAGAUGAGUUUCUUUAUGAUCAUGAGGUUGAGAAGUUGAGUAUUGAAGAUGUUUUGAAGAUGGAUUGGGCUACAUUGAAUACAAACAUCAGGAAAUGGGUUAGGGUUAUGAGAAACAUUGUCCAGAUAUAUCUCGUUAGUGAGAAGUCUCUGAACGGUCAGAUCUUUGGGGAAGUAAAUGAGUUCGGUUUAACAUGUUUUGUCGAUACAGUGAAGGCUGCUGUGAUGCGGUUGCUUAACUUUGGUGAAGCUGUGUCUCUUGGUCCAAGACAGCCAGAGAAGUUGCUUAGGAUUCUUGAAAUGUAUGAGUUAGUAUCUGAGCUUUUACCAGAGAUUGAUGCACUUUUCUCGGAUCAUCUCGGUUUAUCGGUUAGAUCUGAGUACAGAGAAGUGAUGAGGAGGCUUGGAGACUGUUCAAGAGCGACGUUUCUUGAGUUCAAAAGUGCUAUAGCUUCUGAUGUCUCCUCUCAUCCUUUCCCUGGAGGAGCGGUUCACCCGCUUACAAACUACGUGAUGAACUACCUCAUGGCGUUAACUGACUUCAGCCAAACUCUUGACUCGCUUCUCAUGGAGCAUGAGGAUGUAGAGGAUCUCACAAUACCGCCUUCACCACCGGAUGUUAUCAACCCCUUGGAAGAAGAGCCUAACUACGAGAACUCCUCUUCACCGGAGAAGUUUCUGGCGAUGAAGAGACAUUUCUACUCUAUAACCUCGGUUCUUGAAGCCAACCUACAAGUGAAGUCGAAGCUAUACAGAGAUGUCUCUCUGAGACACAUCUUUCUCCUCAACAACAUACACUACAUGACCAGGAAAGUGAUGAACUCGGAGCUGAGACAUAUCUUUGGCGAUAGAUGGAACAGAAAACACACAUGGAAGUUUCAGCAGGAAGCCACAGAGUAUGAACGCUCCACUUGGCUCCCUGUCUUGUCCUUCCUCAAAGAAGACGGUUCUGGUUCAGGCUCAGGCUCAGGCUCUGGUUCGGGUUCAAGAAACUUGCGUCCUAAGGAGCGGUUUCAAGGGUUUAACUCUGCGUUUGAGGAAGUGUACAAGGCGCAAACCGGGUGGUUGAUCUCUGACGAGAGGCUGAGAGAAGACGUGAGGACUAAGGCAUCAAUGUGGGUGAUUCAAGCUUACUGGACGUUUUACAGUAGACACAAGAACAGUGUGAGUGAGAGGUAUAUUAAGUAUAGCACUGAUGAUCUUGAGAAGCUCUUGUUGGAUCUCUUUGCUGGUUCUCCUAAAUCUUUGAGCAAUUCUUACAGAAGGUGAUCAAUUGUUUGAUAUUUUUGGUGUGUGUGAUACUAGUAUAGACAUGUAUGUUUGUAUUGAAUUUAUUUUGACCUUUGUAAUCUUUAUAUUCAUCAUUUUAUGAAUAUGUUUACUUUAAAUAAAAGUUUUGUUGUUUUUUUAGUUUUAGAAGUGUUGUUAGUAAAGUCAAAGUUUGAGAAGUGUUCUUGUUCUUGUUUUGUUGUUGGGGUCUA